UGUCAUGCAAGCUACAUGUGUAGGAUCUUAAUUUGCCAGUUUCUCAGCAGGAAAAUAAUCCUGUGGCAAAAGGAAAGGUUGUUUGUUGACAUGUCUGCAUUGAAGUACACUCUGGGCCUUCUGGCCCUGCUUGUAGUGGCCGCCUGGGCCGAGGAGGAGCUCUCUGUCUCUGAGCUGCUGGAGAAGGCCAACAGGAAUGUUGUGCAUACCCGUAACGAGCCCUUGAUUGUGGAUGACAUCGCCUACGUCAACGAGGCUGAGAGGAACGCUGACCCCUGCACAUCUCGCGGCUGCAUGUGGCCCAAGUCCAGCGACGGCAGAGUCUAUGUGCCCUACGUCAUCGCCAACCAGUACUCCACUAGGGAGCUGGAAGUCAUUGAACGUGGUCUGCAGUCCUUUGCAGGCUUCUCCUGCAUCAACUUCAUCAAGCGCACCAACCAAAGAGACUACUUGCACAUCCAGUCCCAGAACGGGUGCUGGUCCUAUGUUGGUCGUUCUGGCAAUGCCCAGGUUGUGUCUCUGAGCCGAUCCGGCUGUGUGUACCACGGCACCACCCAGCACGAGCUCCUCCAUGCCCUGGGCUUCAACCACGAACAGACCCGCAGCGACCGUGACAAUCACAUCCGCGUUCUCCUCCAGAAUGUCCAGUCCGGCAUGGAGCACAACUUCAACAAGAUCGCCACCCUGAACCAGGGAACGGCCUAUGACUACAACUCCGUCAUGCAGUACCACAGGUACGCCUUCUCCAAGAACAACCAGCCCACCAUGGUUCCCAUCCCCAACCAGAACGUGGAGAUUGGCAACGCCUCCCAGAUGAGCCAGAGCGACAUCACCCGUCUCAACAGGCUGUACAACUGUUAAACAGACACCUUGUGUGUCUGUCCUCUCACAAGGUUGUGUCAAUGACUCAGUGUUGAUAUCAGAGUAAAGUUCAAUAAACCGGCAAAAAUAUA